AUGAAAGCAGUUGCUACAAAACUUAGCUCCUGGUCCAGAGAAGUUUAUGGUGAUAUCUUUAAAGAUGUAAAGGAGGCACAGAAAAACAUUAAUGAAUUGGAAAGAAAAUACAUAGAGGAUAACAAUGAGGAAAAUAGGAGUGUUGUGAAUAAAGCAAGGGAUGAGCAUACAAAAUUUUACCAAGAAUGCAAAGGAAGUUACAGAAUACUAGACCAGAUCCCACAAUUGAUCACAGAUGACAUUACCAGGAUGCUCACAGCCAAACCUACUAAGCAUGAGGUGAGAAUUGCAGUAAAAACCAUUGAUCCAGAUAGUGCUCCAGGUCCAAAUGUAUUUGGAGCAAAAUUCUACCAGGUUUGCAUAGAUUUAAUCAAACCAGAACUUCAUAAUGCAAUUAUAGAGGUCUUUGAAGGUGCUCAUAUUCCAAGUAAGAUAAUUGCUAAAAUCCGAUCCAACAGAAUUAGUCAAGUCCUUCCCCGCAUUAUUUCCCCCAACCAGAGUGUCUUUAUUCAGGGAAGAUCAAUUACUGAUAACAUCUUACUUGCUCAGGAAUUAAAUUAUGAGGAAACUGGGUUCAAUGGGAUCAGAAAUGGUUUCUUUAAAUCUAAUAGGGGCCACAGGCAAGGAGACCAUUUGUCCCCAGUUAUGUUUGUUAUUAUUGCUGAACUGCUUUCUAUAAUGCUUAACAACCUUUCUUUAGAUGAGAAUUACUCAGGUUACUACAGUCCAACCAGAGGACCAAGCAUCACUCAUCUUGCAUUUGAAGAUGAUGUGAUACUUUUCCCUUCUGGACAGCUAAUAAACAAACACAAGAGUUGUGUGGCACAACCACAUAGAGCUCAAACACAGAGUGGUUCAACUAACUGGAAUGCACAUACAGGACUGGCCAAUAAAGUACCUUGGUUGCCCUUUAUUUGUUAG